CUUUUACUCACCAGGUUUGGUACGAAAUUUUUUUCCCUGGUGAUACACAAAUAGUAACAAUUUAUCCCUUGAAAUAUCUCAAGAGUGUUUUGCGACUGCUUCAUGGGGGUGAAUGCAACCUCUAUACUCAACCGUGUUCUUCACAGCAACACCCGCAAACCCAAAACACUACCCACCAGCGCCAAAGCCUUAACCAACACAAUUAUCAUCGACGUCAACGCCGGCCGACUCCAAAAAGCGGUGUCCAUCCUCUUCGCUACCCCAGAAACCAUCCCUUUCUCUCUGUACGCCCAUCUCUUUCAGCUUUGCGCCACAAAUCGAUCCAUUAUUGAGGCUCGAAAGGUUGAGUCCCAUCUGGUCACAUUCUCACCGACUCCGCCCAUUUUUUUACUCAAUCGGGCGAUUGAAACUUAUGGAAAAUGUGGGUGUUUGGAGGAUGCAAGGGAGUUGUUUGACGAAAUGCCUCAGAGAGAUGGGGGGUCUUGGAAUGCCAUAAUUACGGCGCAUGCACAAGGUGGGUUUGCUGAAAAGGCAUUGACUUUGUUCUUGCGUAUGAACAGUUUAGGUGUUUCUGCCAAUCAGAUCACAUUUUCUAGUGUUCUCGGGUGUUGUGCGGCAGUUCUGGAGCUUUUUCUUUCAAGGCAAGUACACGGGCUUAUUGUAAAAGAUGGUUUGUGUGGGAAUGUAAUUCUAGGAAGUUCUCUUGUGGAUGUGUAUGGAAAAUGCCAGGUUAUGAGUGAUGCAAGGAAAAUGUUUGAUGAGAUGCAGAAUAAGAAUGCUGUAUCUUGGAAUGUGAUUGUGAGGAGGUAUCUUGAGAUGGGUGAUGUAAAGGAGGCAGUGUUUAUGUUUUUUGAGAUGAUACGAAUGAACGUAAAGCCAAUGAAUUUUACGGUGUCUAACGCUCUUACUGCUUGUUCAAGAAAAUCUGCGCUCAAAGAAGGGAUUCAAAUUCAUGGAUUUGCAAUCAAGACUAAUUGUGAAAAGGACGAGCUGGUUUCCAAUUCUCUCAUUGAUAUGUAUGUGAAAUGUGGAGAUUUAGAGAAUGCUCAUAGGCUUUUUGACCUGUCUUGUUCAAAAAAUUUGUUUAAUUGGACGUCAGUGGUUUCAGGGUAUGCUAUGAGUGGGAGAACUAGAGAGGCAAGGGAGCUCUUCAAUGAGAUGCCAGAGCGGAGUGUGGUCUCAUGGAACGCAAUGUUGAAUGGGUACACACACUCUUUACAGUGGGAAGAGGCCUUGGACUUUGUUUUUCAGAUGCGCAAAGAGACUACAAAGAUUGACAAUGUUACUAUUGGGUUGAUAUUAAAUGUGUGUUCUGGCCUUUCAGAUGUUGAAUUGGGGAAACAAGUUCAUGCCUUUAUCUACAGAAACAAUCUCUGUUCCAAUCUCUUUGUGGCCAAUGCCCUUCUUGACAUGUAUGGGAAGUGUGGAAACUUGAGAAGCGCUAGAUUUUGGUUCCGUCAGAUGAGUCAUCGGCGAGAUAGUGUUUCUUGGAAUUCUCUAUUGACCAGCUAUGCUCGUCAUGGGUUGAGUGAAGAAGUGAUGGGGAUUUUCUGGGAGAUGCAGUGCGAGACAACGCCAAGUAAAUUUACAUUUGGAACUCUUUUGGCAGCUUGUGCAAAUAUCUUUGCUCUUGAACAAGGCAAACAAAUUCAUGGGUUUAUGAUCAGAAAUGGUUAUGAGAUCGACGUUGUUGUCAGGGGAGCGUUGGUUGAAAUGUAUUCGAAAUGCCGUUGUCUGGAGAAUGCUCUCAAGGUUUUUAAAGAGGCAGCUUCACGGGAUGUGAUUCUUUGGAACUCCGUGAUUUUAGGAUCUUUUCACAAUGGAAGGGGCGGAGAGGUACUUCAACUAGUUGAGUUAAUGGAAAAGGAAGCCAUCAAGCCAGAUCAUAUUACUUUUCAAGGUAUCUUGCUUGCUUGUAUUUGUGAGGGCCACGUUGAGUUGGGUAGGCAGUAUUUUGAUUCAAUGAGCGAUAAAUACUGUAUCAUACCUCGAUUGGAACAUUAUGAGUGCAUCAUUGAGCUUUAUGGUAGGUAUGGGUUUAUGGAUGAGCUGGAGGAUUUUGUUCAGAAGAUUUCAUUCGAUCUCACUGUCCCAAUGUUAAUGAGGGUUUUUGACGCUUGUCGAGAGUAUGGACACGUAAGACUGGGAGAAUGGGCUACUGAUCGACUUAAUGAAUUGAAUCCUGCAAUUCCAUUCCGGUUUGAAAUCAUGGACAGGACCAAAUUGGGGAGAAUGGGCUACUGAUUGACUUAAUGAAUGGAAUCCUGCAAUUCCAUUCUGGUUUGAAAUCAUGGACAGGACCAAAUAGGGAAUGUAGCAUUAACUAAGACUAAAGAUUUGGAGGAGCUAUAUUCAGUGUGUGUAUGUAUAUGUAGGCAUGCAAAAAGUUACCAAUUGGAUCUAAGUUUUGCAGUCUUAAAAGUGUAAACUGCUUGCAGGAUGCAGAAGAAUAAAUGCCACUUAUUAGACCAUUUGGAUUGGAAAUUCAAAUGGUUGAAACCACAACCCUUCUGGUCUGUAUUGGUGCUAUCAAAGAAGCACAUUGAUGCAAACACACUAAACCAUGCAGUAAGAGAAGUUGGCUACAUUCACCCUUUACCUAAUCCAAGAAAGGUGGGCAUACUUGUAUCCCAUACCUACGUUCUGGAAUGGUUGUUUUCGAAUCAAUAAACAGAGGAGUCGGGUGUGCUUUGUCGAUAUAUAUAUGUAUAUUGAUAUUUCAGCCAUCGUCAUCGUUUCCUUCUUAUUUCUAGAAGCAUUGUUGAUGAAGAAAGAAGAGCGUUCCAAGGACUUGUGGAGCCUGUUUGUUGUGGCAUUAAUGGCUGUUGUUAGAUGACUCGAUGCAGAACACUCCAUGGUAGAGGACUUAGAGGUUGACUCUUCACUUGGAUGCCAUCUUGUACAAAUUAUGAGUGCUGUACUUUUAGAGAUCUUUAGUAAUUUUUACUCCUAUGUUUUGUAUUGUAUUAACUGUGUUCAGAAGUAUCUAUAACUCUUGAGAUUCUUGAUCAGUUUGAGCUCCGGCAAAAAAGGAACAAAUGAGAUUUAUCAACA